AUGGUAGCUCUCGACGUUUCCGAGACAUCCAGUGCGCUCGCCGUCGCAGGUGGCUACAUUGCCAUCGUGGGCCUUGUGUCCUACUGGCUAAAGGAGAAGCUUUUCCUCUCCGAGGCCCUCCUCGCUUUCGUCGCUGGUAUUAUUUUCGGUCCCCUCGGCGCCGACAUCUUCUCCCCGCUGAAAUGGGUCGGUGGCGAUGAAGAAAAGCUCAGCGUUCUCACCUUUGAGAUUACGCGUAUUAUUAUCGCCAUUCAAGUCCUGUUCACCGGAAUUUCCCUCCCAAAGGCGUAUCUUUGGCGCGAGCGCAUGAGCCUCACCACUCUGCUGCUGCCUGUCAUGACGGCGGCAUGGUUUAUCACGGCCCUCUUUAUCUGGGCCCUCAUCCCCGGACUCACGUAUCUCGAAUCGCUGGCUAUCGGCUCGUGUGUGACUCCCACGGACCCUGUGCUGGCCAACUCGAUCUGCAAGGCCGGUGCCAACGACGGCCUCGGAUUCCCGUUCCUGUUCAUGGCGCUUUACCUCAUCCUGAUUCAUAGCCCCGACCACCCAGUCCACAAUAUCGGUGGCGCCAUUGGCGAAUGGUUCUAUAACAUUGUGUUGUACCAGGUUCUUCUCUCGGUGAUCAUCGGUACCAUUAUUGGUUUUAUUGCACGCAAGGUGCUCCGGUUCGCCGAGGAACAUCGUCUGAUUGACCACGAGUCUUUCCUGAGCUUUGGCGUUGCCUUGACCUUCCUCACUCUCGGCGUUGUUGGCACCAUUGGCUCAGACGAUAUUCUCUGCUGCUUUAUCGUCGGUAACAGUUUCACCUGGGACGACUGGUUCCGCGUGCAGACAGAGGACCACAAAGUGCAGGACGUCAUUGACCAACUGUUGAACGUAAGUGUAAAAUUUGGGCCCCCUAAGACGAACCCAUCUUCUCGACCAUUUGCCCCUUGGACCCAUAGCAGAACGCUUGGCUUCUACCGUGCACAUGCUGACACCCACCAGUCUGCAAUCUUCCUUUAUAUCGGUGCCAUCAUGCCCUGGGCAGAGUUUGGUAACUACUGGGGCAUUACUCCCUGGCGCCUGGUCCUUCUUGGCAUCUGCGUCAUCCUUUUCCGUCGUCUCCCAUGGGUCCUCCUUCUUUCCAAGUGGAUCCCCACAGUGCCUACCUGGAAGGAGGCUGCAUUCGCUGGCUACUUUGGUCCCAUUGGUGUCGGCGCAGUCUAUUACACCCAGGUCGCCCUGGAGUUCCUUCCUGACAACGGCAGCCGUGACCGUCUCCGAGCUGUCAUUUUGCCAGUCGUCUACUUUCUGGUGCUGACUUCGAUCAUCGUCCACGGCGUCACCAUCCCUGUCGGCAAGGGCUUCACUUUUGCUCGUACUCUCACCGUUACUCGCUCGACUGGUGACCCCAGCGCCGACCUCGUUUCGCGUCUGCCUCCACCCGUCGCUUUCGGAGACGUCCAGCCUCCCAUCAAGCCUGCAGACACGGCCAACAACAGUGUUGCCGACCUCGGCGCCAUCAAGGCCACUGACGGCAGCGACGACCGCGUUCACUUUGACCUCGGCGGCCAGGUUGGCCGCGCCGUCCAGACCACCACGGACAGCGCCCCAAUCAGUCGCAACGUCUCGUUUACGCCGGCUACAAAGUGGGAUGAGGGUGUGAUGGGUGACAGCCGCGUAACGCCGAUCAGCAGUGGCCGGACUACCCCAGAGCACACUGCGGCUGAGCACGGUAUCUCGAGUCUCCGCAACCGUCUCCCCGAGUCGCCUGUGUAA